CGCGCGCUGAGGAGGCUGAGGCGCGCGCUCGUGUCACAUUCUUCAGAUGAUCCGCUAUUAUUCAGAAGAAACACAGACAGACAAUCAGCGACACACAGCAGCGAGCACAAGAUUCAUCUCUAAUGACCACGCCCACUUUCCAGUGCCGAUAGAUGAGAGCAAGCCACGCCCCUCGUGUUACGCGCAAUGCUGACUGAAGAUGGACGUUCCUGAAUACCUGGAUCUGGAUGAGAUCGACUUCACUGAUGAUUUACCUUAUAAGAGCAUUCCCGAGCUGUGCCGGAGACACGAUGGCCCGAGCGACGAGAGGCAAGCUCCGGCCAUCAACUGGGGUCGUAACGCGGCGUCACACGGCGGAGCGGGAAACAAGCCCACCGGGAUCGCCGACGUCUACAGCAAAUUCAGGCCCGUCAAACGCGUGUCUCCCCUCAAACACCAGCCGGAGGAGACCGAAGCCGAGCCGAGCGUGGACCGGAGCAAAGAGGAUUCUCCCUGCGCCGGCAAGAGCAAAGCCCUGGGGAGCGGAGCGCUGUUCGGGGAGCUGGAGCACUACGACCUGGACAUGGACGAGAUCCUCGACGUGCCGUACAUCAACAAACCCAGUCAGCAGACGUCGACGCUUCCCCGCGUGGCUUCGGAGAAGAGGAGCGUCAGAGGAGCCACGCUUUCCCACUCCGAGAGCCUGAGCGCCGGGAACCAGUUCUGUGUGCUGGCGCCCGUCAACUGGCCCGACAUCAGGAAGAGCAAGUCUAUGGAUCUCAGGGCUCAGAGCGCGGGGUUCGAGCUCAGUCACGGGUCAGACACGGAUAAGCCCCGACUCUUCCCGGAUAAACCCGGAGCCGACGGCGGGGAGACGGCGUUCCCGGUUCAGGGAGCCAGAGGCACGAGGGGAGCGUUCGGAGACGGAGACGAAGAAGCCAAGAAGACGCAGAACAUCCUGAACAUCGUGAGAGAGGGGCAGAUCUCGCUGCUGCCUCACAUCGCGGCGGAGAACCUGGAGCGCAUCCGAGACGAGGACGGGAAUAACCUCCUGCACGUGUGUGCGUCUCAGGGCCACGCCGACUGCCUGCAACACCUGACCUCGCUCAUGGGCGAAGACUGCCUGAACGAGCGCAACACACACCAGCUCACGCCCGCGGGCCUCGGCGUACGGAACGGUCACCUGGAGUGUGUGCGCUGGAUGGUGAGUGAGACCGAAGCCAUCGCCGAGCUCAGCUGCACUCGAGAGCAUCCCAGCCUCAUCCAUUACGCCGCGCGACACGGACAGGAGCGGGUCCUGCUGUGGCUCCUGCAGUUCAUGCAGGAACAGGCCAUUUCUCUGGACGAAGUGGAUCAGAACGGGAACACGGCGGUUCACGUGGCGGCUCAGUUUGGACAUCUCAGCUGCGUUCAGACUCUGGUGGAGUACGGCUCGAACGUGACGGUGCAGAACCAGCAGGGCGAGCGUCCUUCCCAGAAUGCCGAGCGCCAGGGUCACAGCACAUGCUCUCGAUAUCUGGUGGUGGUGGAGACGUGCAUGUCUCUCGCCUCUCAGGUGGUCAAGCUCACCAAACAACUGACCGAGCAAACAACGACACGAGUCGCCCUACAGAACCAACUCCAGCUGCUCCUGCAGACGCAAGAACCCAGACCUCGAUCGCCCAGCGCUCUUGUUGAGGCGUGGCCUGAGAUGACUCUGACGGCUGAAGUGGCUCCUGAUAACCAGUGGAUCCUGAAGCAGAGACACACAGAGGCGGGGGCGGAGUCGGGGGCGGGGCCGGGAGCCGGGCCAAUGAGACGGCCGGGGAUGGGAGAGAGGCGGGAACUAAAGUUAGCUCGUCUCAAGCAGAUCAUGCAGCGCUCGCUCAGCGAAUCAGACGGAGACGCGGCGUAUCCUCCGAACGAGCCCAAACCCGAUCGCCCGACCCAACUCCCCCUCGCCGAGCCCGAGGAGCGCAAGCUCACGACUUCCAAAUCCGUGGACACUUACAACCCGUCGCCAUCGUCAGACCAGAGCGAUCCCGAAACCAGAGAGUUUCCCGACGGACAGAAGAUCGCCACGAGUCCCAAAAGCGCCCUCAAAUCCCCAUCGUCUCGAAGGAAGACCUCGCAGAACCUGAAGCUGAGAGUCACGUUCGACGAGCCGCCGCGCAAACACGACGCCAAAGCCCCGCCCACCAAAGAGAAGGCGGAGUCUGGGAAACGAGCGUUCGGGACGUUCCGCUCCAUCAUGGAGACUCUCAGCGGAAACCAGAACAGCAACAACAAUAACACUGCGAGUGGGAAGAAGAGCGAGUCCAAGAGCAAGAGCAAGACGAGUGCGGUCUAGAUCCGGCGGC